AUGUCGUCCUCUCCCUACCCCGACAAACCCGUGUCGCAGCGCACAUCGCAGGCGACACUCACCAACUCAUUACCGGACGGGUGCAGCUAUGGGAGUAUCCCAGGUAAAGAUGAGAGUGCUGCAGAACGCGUGAUAUGGGUCGACUUUCCGCCAGACAGCCGCGACAACCCGUUCUAUUUCUCGACAAAACGAAAGGUCUGCAUCACGAUGUGUGCACUCAUCUACUGCUGGUAUUGCUCCAUGACCGCCUCGGCGUUUGCGAUCCAGUCCGGCGCAAUGUGUGAGGACCUGCACUGUCCCCACCUCGGCGCGGAAGCCGGUAUCGGUCUCUACGCAUGGGGAGCGGGAGUCAUGCCUCUCUUCGUCGCCCCAGUGUCCGAGGAGUUUGGAAGGCGGCCAGUCUACCUCUGUGCGCUGUUCAUGCUGUGGAUGUUUCACCUCAUGCAGGGCCUGGCACAGAACACUGCUACCGCGCUCAUUGCUCGCUUCCUCACCGGCAUCGCAGGCAGCGUCGGCACAUCGGUGGUUGGAGGCACUGUCGCGGACAUUUUCACGCCCGCUCACCGCGGGUUACCGAUGAUGAUGACGGGUUUCAUCCUAUACUUUUCCACCGGGUUCGGCGGCAUGAUCUUUGCGUUCGUCACCACCCACCUGGGAUGGCGGUGGACGUGGUGGCUCAUCCUCAUCACACUCGGCGCAUGUGCCCCGCUCUUCGUGUUCCUCAUGCCCGAGACGCGCGGUUCCAUCAUCCUACGCCGGCGGGCGAAGAAACUGCGCCAGGAGCGCGGACUGAAUGAUGGAGGGAGAUAUCUCUCCCACGGUGAGAUGAACAAGGUCCGCUUCCUGACGGCGCUCAAGACGAGCAUGAUCCGCCCAAUCAUCUUCCUCCUCACUGAGCCGAUUGUCAUGUUCUUCAGUCUCUGGGUCGCGCUCGCGUGGAGUGUCAUGUACGUCCAGAUCGCUGGAUUACCAUACAUGAUGCGGACGCUGUACGGUUUCAGCACGGAGCAAGUGGGCCUCGUCUACCUGACUGCUUGCAUUGGCGCAUGUUUCGGAUAUCUUGGUGGGUACGCGCAGGAAUUCCUGUAUAGGCGGUACGCGCCUACCAAGGGUGUCGAGGCGCGCCUGUACACGCCGAUGGUUGCUGGUGUUCUCUUUGCCCUUGGAUGUUUUAUCACGGGCGCGACUGCGUCUGCCGACAUUCCGUGGAUUGCGAGUGCGAUAGGCCAAGUGGUCGUGAUCACCGGUGUGAUGAUCAUCUACGUCACGGCCUUUACCUACGUCUCUGAAUGCUAUGGGACGUACGCGUCGUCGGCCAUGGCGUCGCAGUCUUUCCUGCGUAACAUGGUCGGAGGAGGGAUUGCUUUCGGCACAACGUCCAUGUUCAAGGGCAUGACUGUGCGGUGGGCGCUCAUUCUUAUGGGUGGCAUUGCGUCGCUGCUUGCGCUCGUGCCGUUUGUGGCGUACUAUUACGGGCCGGCGAUCCGGGAACGCUCGCCAUACUCGCGCGAGUUGAUGCGGCAGGAACGCGAGGCGCUCGACUCGGAGCGCGUCCAGCGCGAGUUGAGGGGCAUGGAUAUGACCGGGGCAGAGGACAUCGAGGGCGACGUGUAUGAGAAGGAGAGGGAUUGA